AUGUCGUCGAUCAGCACUUACGUUAGUACCGCAAUUCGUGUGGUUGAAUUCUUAUUUGCAGUUAUUAGUUUAGGUCUUUCUGGUGCAAUAAUCCAUCAAAUUGAUCUGAGUAAGGGUAGAAUCAUUUAUACUCUUAUUAUUGCCAUGUUUAGUAUUGUUUAUCUUAUUCCAGUUGCCAUCUUAGAUGUAUUAAACUUGAUUCCAUUUACCGUGGUUUAUAUUUUAGAACUUAUCUUCUUUGUGUUUUGGUUAGUUGCUUUUGCCUUAAUCUCGAAUAGCUUUGGUGAUUUAUCUUGUACUGCUGAUGGUGUAACUUAUGAUUUCUGUCAAGAAGGUAAAGCAUUGAUUGCAAUGACUUUAAUUCUUUGGUUAACGUUUUCUACUUCAUUAAUCUUAACUGCUAUUUUCAGUGUUAUUCCUUUGGUCCAAUCUACUAGUGUUCGUGAAGUUAUCAAUCUUCCAUCAAAUGAUUUUACCUGGGGUGGAAUCUUUCUUAAAACCGAACCUAAGGAAUCUGUUGAUGCUGAAGCUGAAGUUGGAAAAGAUAUUGAACCAACCUUAGAAGAAGCUGAUCAAACUGUCUUAGAUGAAGUCAAGCCUUUAGAUGUCGAUCAAGAUAUUGGUAGUACAAACGUAGAUAUACUUUAA